AUGUCCAUCCCCGGUAUUAACGAUGUGGGCCCUGCCACCGACACAAGUACACCCAUAGCGUCGGCAGCGACCCGGAUAAUUGUCCCUGCCGGCAAUGAGUGGCGUAUCGAGGUCCCCUUCCGCAAACAGAUGACGGUGACGGUGCUCGAAGGCGUCGCCGAGGUGUUUGGCACUGAGCUCGCGCCUAAGGUCGAGUACAAGUUCAGCGGGGUGAAAUAUGCUAUCUACGCUCCUUUGGAGUCGGUGACGUUGGAGUAUACCGUGAGCAAUUCACCCGAGCUGCACCGGAUGGCGCUUGGCGACGACGAUGUGGUCGAGUACCUCAGUAACGAGACGACGCUGGAUCAGGUGACCAACUUGGCCCUCUAUCUUGAAACAUUAAGACAAAAAGCCCACGACGGUAAUGCUCGAGGAGCGCUGCCUCGUCUUCGGGGUCCCAGGGUGCUUGUGUUGGGUCCUCACGGCGCUGGCAAAACCGCAGUGGCAAAGACAUUGGUGCUGUACGCGGUGAAGAUGGGGCUGACACCAGUAUUGGUGAAUCUUAAUCCUCGUGACGGGGUGUUUUCGGUACCAGGAUCGCUUACUGCUACCACGAUCAACGAUUCCCUCGACAUCGAGGCCGCUGGUGGCUGGGGGUUCACGCCGACGCUGGGGUCGCUUCCGCAUAACCCGAAGCAGCCGUUGGUGAAAAACUUUGGUUUCAGUGCCAUGGGCGACAACCGGGAGUUGUACAACUACCAGACGCUGAAGCUUGGGGUGGCGGUGAUGCUGCGGCUUGAACACGACCCCCGCACCGCCAGUGCUGGUGUGGUAAUUGAUACCCCUCCAGAACUAGGUGGGAACAACCUUAGUCUGCUGUUUGCCACGAUUGAAAACAUUAUUAGUGAUUUUGAAGUCGACCACUUGGUGGUCAUCGGCAACGAAAGGUUGUUUGUCGACUUAAAGCAUAAGCUCAAGCGCAAGAUCGACUUGAAGCUGUUGACCACCAUCAAACUUCCUCGUUCAGGGGGCAGUGUCGAUGUUGAUGACCUGUUUGUUCGACAGGCUCAAGAAGAGCUGAUCAGAGAGUACUUCAAUGGUAAUUCCAGAGCUCAUUUACAACCAUUAAAGACCGACAUCGACGGUGCCGCCCUCGAUGUGUACAAAGGAGUUGAGGCCAGCGAUCUCCUGCUGUCACUUGCAUUUUUGCCGCUGGGCGACGACUACAGCAACGACCUGGAGCCCGCCGACAGCUUGGACAAAUAUUACCGCAAGUUGGAGACUGCCGACUUGCAAAAAGUGGAGAACACUCUUGUCGCCAUUUCCCACGUGCCUCAGCUCAGCUACAAGCCUAAAGACGUCCUCAACACCAGUGUCAAGGGCUACAUUUACGUGGCCAAAGUCGAUAACCAAAAGCUCAAAGUGCUUUUGCCAUUCCCGGCGGCGCUGCUUCCCAAAAAUGUCAUGUUAGCCACCGGCAUCGGCUACACCGAAUAG